AUGGCAUCGCAGUUUACCGGAGCAGCGCUGAAAAGGCACAGGCCCCAGGAAAAAGUCAAUAGGAGACUGAAUAAGAAGAAGUGUGAACGGUCUAUUUCGAAUACUCCAACAGGGGCUGAUCUGGAAUGCCUCGGAGGCACAGAGCAGGAGAAGAUUGAUGAUAAUCACAGUGAGGAAGAAGAUUCUGAGUGUUCUGAAACAGACGAGGAGAAUGAGUUGCGUACCAAUGGCCAACAAUCUUCUGUAGUUUCUUCUUCAUCUACCAGUGCAUUUAGUGAGCACCUUGGUCAUACAUUAUUAAGUGAAGAAGUGGAAACUUUACUAAAACAGGCAUGGAGCUUUAAAUGGAAAGCACCUGCCAUUGGCAUGCCAAAUUGCACCUGGAAAGGAACUAGACCAAAUUUUCUUCAUGUUGCUCAGAGUGAUGCAACCUACGGCAUCAAGCCUAAGUUAUUUGAGCACUGGCAUCAAUUGUACGAGGAAGCUGGAGGGGGAGAGUUUGGCUCAUCUGCAAGGAGAAGAUUCUUCUCCAUUUGUACGUAUCGGUUUCUUGCAAUCAACCUUGUUCUUUUCUUCUUCUUUUUUUCGACUAAAUAUUAUUUCAUUUUUUUUCUAGGCAACAGCUAUAUGGAUAUUUUGCAUUCUAACAAGAAACCCUUUUACAAUGGAUACCGUGGAGAAGACUCUAGUCACGUUGACGCAUACCUUAUGCAUUCUUUGAAUCACAUUUUUAGAUCUAGAGAUCUUGUCAAGAAGAAUGAAAGGAAAAUUUCCAAGCUUUGUCAUGGUGAAACUCCUGAUGAUAGAUUUCGGGACAGAGCAUUUACUAGUCCAAAGGUGCUGAUUCUAUUACCACAGAGGAGUAUUGCCUUUCGAGUUGUCAAUAGGCUCAUACAACUAACUCCCGAAGCUCACAGGGAUACUGUGGAACACCACUGCCGGUUUAAUGAUGAGUUUGGAUGUGAAGAGGAAUCUGAUGACGAUGAUGGAAAGCCUUCAAAACCUCGAGAUUGGGAAGCCCUAUUUGGUGAAGGGAACAAUGAUGAUACCUUUGUGCUAGGCAUUAAGUAUACAAGGAAGAGCAUUAGGCUUUACAAUGAUUUCAUUACCUCGGACAUGAUUAUUGCUUCCCCUCUCGGCUUAGUUUUGGUAGAUGGCUGUAUUUUUACUUCAACUCUUGAAAUUCACUUUUUUAUCAUGAUUCAGAACUGGACGCACGUUCAAACAGUUGUCACAAUAUUAAAUGAAAAGUCAUCUGCGCAUCAUAAUACUGAUAUAAAUCGUGUCCGGCCUAUGUAUCGUGAUGGAUAUGCACGGUUCUAUCGGCAGUCUAUAAUUCUAAGUUCUUAUUUAACCCCAGAUAUCAAUUCUCUAUUCAAUCACCAAUGCGUGAACUAUAAAGGAAAGAUGAAGCUGGAGUGUGAAUACAAAGGUGUUCGUCAUGAAGUGCUGCACAGUGUCACGCAGAUUUAUGAAAAAUUUGAUGCAGACUCCGUAAAACAAGCUGACUAUGCACGUCUUGAAUACUUCACCAAAAAGAUAUUCCCAAGGAUAAAAGAUUCUGUUCAGGGAGGAGUAAUGAUCUUUAUGAGUUCUAACGCCGAGUUGACCAUGCUUAGAAAGUUUUUGAGCUCCCAGAAAGCCUCUUUCUGCAUUGUUAAUGAAUCUGUAAGUCAAAAGGCUAAAUCUAGGGCACGACAAGGGUUUUUUGCAGGGAGCACGAAGAUCAUGCUCUACAAUGAGAGAGGACACUUCUAUUGGAGAUACACGAUCCGUGGCAUAAAGAACUUGAUUAUAUACUCUCUUCCGGAGCGGAAGGAGUUUUACCCUCAGAUCUUGAACAUGCUUGAAGAGUCCUAUGACAUGGAGGCCACUGUGCUUUUUUGUCCUUUUGAUGUGUUCCGGCUGCAAAGGAUCGUUGGGCAUGCUUCAGCAAAGUCACUUCUCAGCUCUCAGCAGAGGACCUUUAUUUCCAGUUGACACUCAUCCUCCGCUUCUUUUAUUGUAUUUUUUUUUCAUUUUGAAUUACGUCUCUACGCAUGAUUGAUUGGUACUGUA